ACCACAGUUGCAAGGGAAAAAUUACGUGAAAGUCACUCUUUUUGGGGCAAAUUUAGUUUAAAAAAUUGGUAAAAAAAAUGAAAGUGAGUGAGUGUUAGUGAAUUUUGUAAUGUGUUAAUGAGUUUUGUGCAAAUCAUUUUGGUUUGGCAUGUAAAAAAAUAUUGUGAUAGUAAUAUAAUUUAAAAUCGGAUAUUCAUUUCAUAGCAGUAAGUAUAAAAUAACGAUAAACAUGGAAGUCGAAUCGAGAGAUGUAGAAUACGAGCAAAUAAACCAACUAUACGAUGAAUGUUUAAACUAUUUGAAAGACAGCAAAAAUUACAUUGAAGAUAAUACUUUGGAAGAAAAUUCUGUAGAAGACCCUGACUAUGACACUAUAAAAGAAAAAGUUGAAGUCGAAAAUGAAGAAAUUGAACCAAAAACAGUCUUCAAACUCGAAAAUGAGAAGUCCAAUGAAAGUCUAGACUCAGUGAUUUCAGAACCAAGAUCCGAAAGACUGAGGAAAUUAUCAAAACAAUUGCCAAAGAUUAUAAUAACCCAAAGUACGACAAGCUUAGAUUUUAAAAGGGAUGAUAUGAAAAUGGUGCCCAUUCGAAAUGAUAUGUCGAAAAGUGAUCGAGUGUUACCUAAAAUCGAUAGACAUUUGCCUAGAAAUGAAUAUAGCUUGCCACAAAUGAAUCAUAAUCGUCAUCAUGAAAAUCGGAAUGUUUUGCGAAGUGAUCGAAGUUUGACUCAAAGUGAUCGGUUUUUGACCAAAAAUGAGCAGAGUAUGUUGACUUUGGAUCGGAGGAAUCCAAAGGUGAUGAAACCUUUCAACCAUGUACCUCCAGAGAAGAAAAAAGUCCUGCCUAACAAUGGUUUCAGACACCCUCAGCGCACUCGGCCAGGGUACGGCGAGCACCCAAAGCGGCUGGUCUCCAAGACCGGCAUGGAGAACGUCGCGCUCAUCUCCAACGUGCCCUUCGAGAAGAUUCGACUGCUCAACGAUACUUUCCAUACGCUGAUCAACCUCCGCUGGCGCUGGAUCGUGAUCGGCACUAUCGUCGUCCACUUCGCCAUCUGGCUGGUCUUCGCAGUGUUCUGGUACAUCACCGCGCUGGCCCACUACGACUUCGAGCCUGACCCUCCGAAGCGGACCUGUGUGACCGGCGGCAAGGAUUUUGUUACUAUAUUCUUGGCUUCUGUUGAGGCUCAGACAACAAUUGGUUUUGGAGAUCGAGCCAUAGAUGAAGAGUGUCCAGAAUCCAUAUUCCUUUUCAUCAUGCAGUUGAUCCUGGGCACCGGUCUAUCAGGAGUUCUAACGUGUGUGGUUUAUGCGAAGCUGACGAGACCAGAGAAACUCUCUAGAGAUGGAGUCGGCUUCAGUAAAAAGGCUGUUAUCAGCAUGCGUGACGGUCGUCUGUGCCUGAUGAUGCGCGCCUGGGACCUCAACUACGACCACAUCAUCAGCUCCGAGUUCACUGCGCACUUCGUUAAUACCUACAGAACUAAAGAAGGCGAGGUGAUACGGUACUACGCGCGCAGUCUGACGCUGCAGCAGCGGCAGUUCCUGUUGUGGCCGGUUACGUUGGUGCACGUGAUUGAUGCCACCAGCCCGCUGUAUGGGUACACUCCGGAACUUAUUGCUCAUAAUAGUUACGAGAUAACAGUAAGCUUGAAAGGAGCAUCAGCAUCAAUGGGCACCUUCACACAGAGCCAGACCUCGUACCUGCCUAAAGAGGUGUCCUGGGGGUACCGCUUCCCGCCUGUCGUGCAAGUUUUCAGAUACGACACGCACAAACAGAAAUAUGUCAUCGAUCACAAGAAGCUGGAUCUUCUCGAGCCUGUUGAUACUCCCUACUGCUGUGCCAGGGAUAUUUAUAGGACUUCUACACCAGUGAAGACCCCGCCCCCCACUCCCAGUACUCCUGGCACCUUCAGCGAAACUGUCUCCGGCUUCCAUCUCGAGAGAUCCUCGUCUUUCAGGAAAAAGACUAACAAUAAUAAAGGAAAAGUAGCCAAUUGUGAAUUCACAAUGAUGAACUACGACAUCAGCGAAUCACGGCGAGGCAGUCGAAACCGAGCACUAGAGCGAUCCCUAAGCUACUCCGAAGCCAUAGGCAACGGCUCAGGCAGAUCCUCCAUAGAAAUACCAAAUAUCGUCAACACAGAUGUAUACACAAACGAAGAACUUAAGAAACACUACAGAAUUUCCCAAACAUACGUUGAAGGCAAAGAAAUAGCUUUCUCAUCAGGACAUACUGACAACAAGAAUUAUUUAAAAGUACCUAUAGAUGAAGCAUCACAGGAAUCUUCUAUUUACUCAAGUGAAGAUGACCAAACAGACCGUGGUUUGGUUAUGUCCAUUGAUGUGGAAGAAAGUCCAAAAGAUUCUGAUGUUACGAAGCCGUUUUCUGAGCGUUCUACUUUGCCGAUAGCCAGUUCUAGUGUUGAUACUAAUACUAAUCAUAUCUAUGAUACUAUUGAGACGAUCGAGACCCCUGAUAGUAUAUUUGAUGGGAGGGAGACGACGUAUGGACCGUCAGCUCACGGGUAUUCCACUCCUUAUAGUAAACGGAGGAAGAGGAUUACACAUAGACAAAGGCACGGUCGACCGAGACGUUCACGGCGAGUGGUGCUUAAGAAUGGAGAAGAGAAUGUUCCAGUGAGGAGCAAUAUUUCAGCCAAGUCCAUCAAAUACAUGAGGGAUAUUGUCACUACCGUCAUCAAUAGCAAAUGGCGCUUCAUACUCCUGAUGAUGGUGGCUGCUCACUUCAUCUUCUGGUUCGUGUUCGCGGCGAUCUGGUACGCCGUCUCCUCCUCCUACCAGGAGGACAUAGGGGAUGGAAAGGAGCACUGUGUUACCGGGACUACCUCCUUCGCUGGGUUGCUUAUGAUGUCGGUUGAGACUCAGAUGACUAUUGGAUACGGAACACGGUUUCCAAAUGAAGAAUGUCCUGAAGCCAUCAUAAUCAUGGUACUAGAGAUAGUAGCCGGUACAGCUCUCUCCGGCGGACUAUCCAGUUUGCUGUUCACGAAGCUCAUCAGGCCGAACCGACAUGUUAACUCCGUUGGCUUCAGUAGGAAGGCUGCAGUUUGUCGUCGUGACGGAGAGCUGUGCCUACAGUUUAGGGUGUGGGACUUGAUGAACGUACACCUCAUCGGUAGCACCAUCACUGCUUAUAUGCUGAAGCCUAUUAGAACAUUGGAAGGUGAGCUGGUACAGAACUACAUGCACCAGCUGGAGCUGAAGGAAUCCCGAGCGUUUCUUUUGUGGCCGAUCACUGUGGUCCACGUCAUCAACGCUGCCAGUCCUCUGUACGACUUCUCGGCCCAGGAUAUGAUGGAUUACAGGUUCGAGAUCGUGGUAUGCUUGACCGGCGCCUCCAAGAACAUGGGCACCACGACACAAAGCAGGACUUCGUACCUCUCCAAGGAGAUCAUGUGGGGGUACCGGUUCAAGAAUGUAGUACACUACAGCAAAAGAGAAGAAGCUUACAAAAUAGACGAAGCGCACCUCAACACAGUAGAACAAGUAGAAACGCCUCUCUGCAGCGCCAGCUACCUGAAGGUCUUCGAGGAGGACCUGAAGACUUCCACCAAUCUCCUCUCGACUCCCAACAUGUCCGUCUCUCCUACCGACCUGUCUAUUCCUGAGGACUCUUCUACUCUCUCUAGAGCGGGAGAUUCCGUGCCUUCGACUCCUUCUCUGAAUAGAACGGGGACGCAGAGGAGUUUUGGAUGGAACUUUAAAAGGUUCAGGCCUGAGAAGUAUGUGGGGAAUUUUGAGAAGAGGGAAUAACCGGAAAAUUGUAUUCCAAUGCCUAUUAUUAUGGUCUUAAUUCGUUUAUUAAUGAAGAUUAAAAUCACGUAGUUUCUGCUCAAAAUAGGGAUAUUUAUGUUCAUUUAUUUUGCAGGUUAUAAAUCAAUUACUUACCUGGUCUUAUUAUUUUUCU